AUGAGGUCAUACAACUUGACAUUAGAUGCUAUGAACUUUAACAACAACUUCACAACAACCAUUAACCCUGAAAUGCAAAGUUCUAUUAUGCCAUAUGUGAAAGUAUGGACCCAUACAGGAGGUCAAAAAACUCAAUAUACAAAUGGAGACCGUUCAAACUUUUGGCUUGGCAUUCCAUUUGCUGACUCAGAAGACUUUAUGGGUGGUAUUUCAACUGUUGGUACAGUUCAAAUACAAUAUACUGGUGACAGAGACGGUCCAGAUGAAUUGAAAGCAAAGAAGUUUACAAAACCAAUAGCACUUUUCACGGAAGAUGCUCUUUUGAAGAUUCGUUCGAUGAAACCUGCUGGGGCUCCUCAGAUUGGCAUAACGACAGCUUCCAUCGAGCAGAUUUUGGCAGCAGGUCAGUAA